GGAUGCCAAGGCCACACGGCAGGCGCGGGGACAGCCGCCGCAGCCGCCGUCCCACGCGGGCUCCGGACCUCGGGGGGCUGCGGACGAAGUGAUUGAGAAGAAACCAUCAGCACCUGCCUUCUAUAGACCAGACAGCAUGGAUCAGCCAUUUACUGUGAAUUCUCUGAGAAAGCUAGCUGCCAUGCCUGACCACACGGAUGUUUCCCUCAGCCCGGAAGAGCGAGUCCGUGCCCUGAGCAAGCUUGGCUGUAAUAUCACCAUCACGGAAGAUAUCACCCCCCGCCGCUACUUUAGAUCCGGAGUGGAGUUGGAAAGGAUGGCUUCGGUGUAUAUGGAAGAAGGAAAUUUGGAAAAUGCCUUUGUCCUUUAUAAUAAAUUUAUAACCUUGUUUGUAGAAAAGCUUCCCAGCCAUCGAGAUUACCAGCAGUGUGCGGUACCUGAAAAACAGGAUAUUAUGAAGAAACUGAAGGAGAUUGCAUUCCCAAGGACAGAUGAAUUGAAAAAGGACCUUUUAAAGAAAUACAACGUAGAAUACCAAGAAUAUUUGCAAAGCAAAAACAAGUACGACGCCGAGAUUCUCAAACGACUGGAGCAUCAGAGCCUGAUCGAGGCCGAGAGGAAGCGGGUGGCUCGGAUGCGCCAGCAGCAGCUGGAGUCGGAGCAGUUCCUGUUUUUCGAAGACCAGCUCAAGAAGCAGGAACUGGCCCGCGGGCAGAUGCGCAGCCCGGAGCCCCCCGCGCUGUCCGAGCAGAUCGACGGCAGCGCCGCGUCCUGCCUGUGCCCGCGCCACAGCCCUUCCCUGCUGCACGUCUCCGCGGACCAACCUGGCAAAAGCGACGCGGCCAAUUCCGCCAGCCACUCGCCCCCCGUCAACAGGGCUCUGAAGCCCGCGGCCACUCUGAGCGCCGUGCAGAAUUUAGUGGUUGAAGGACUGCGCUGUGUAGUUUUAUCCAGAGACCUCUGCCACAAAUUUCUGCUGCUGGCAGAAUCUAAUACAGUGAGAGGAGUAGAAACGUGUGGAAUACUCUGUGGAAAACUGACGCAUAAUGAAUUUACUAUCACCCAUGUGAUUGUGCCAAAGCAGUCUGCGGGGCCGGACUACUGUGACGUGGAAAAUGUGGAAGAGUUAUUCAGCGUUCAGGACCAACACGGCCUCCUCACGCUCGGAUGGAUCCACACACAUCCGACCCAAACUGCGUUCUUGUCCAGUGUUGACCUUCACACUCACUGUUCCUAUCAGCUCAUGUUGCCAGAGGCCAUCGCCAUUGUUUGCUCACCGAAGCAUAAAGACACGGGGAUCUUCAGGCUGACCAACGCCGGCAUGCUCGAGGUUUCCGCCUGUAAAAAGAAGGGCUUUCAUCCACACACCAAGGACCCCAGGCUGUUCAGUAUAUGCAAACAUGUGUUGGUAAAAGACAUAAAAAUAACCAUGCUGGAUCUAAGGUGACGUGUUCUGAAGAUUAGUACCGUCAACACCAGACAUCUACCCAUGGACGUGUGGUUGCCG